AGUAGUACUAGAGAGAGAGAGAUUGGGCGGAGGCCAGGGAGACUUACCUGCAGCGCCAUAGCUCCAGCUUCGCCUUCGAGGUACCUGCAGCACGGCGCCAUCUUCACAGGUACCCCCUGCGGCGGCAUUGGUAAGUUGCCACGUCAGCAGACCACGUCAGCAGGCCACGUCAGCAGGCCACGUCAGCAGGCCACGUCAGCAGACCAUGUCAGCAGGCCACUUCAGCAGACCACGGCAGCAGGACACAUCAGCAGGACACGUCAGCAGGCCCCUGGCCUGGUCUAUGCUCACGAGCUCGCAAACAGCCGUCAUGGACCAAAAGUCCGGGGAAACGGACGAGGCCUAUCAGGCCCGGAUGCUGCUUCUGAUUACCGAAGCCAAGCAAUGGUCGGAUGCAGUAGCAGCCGCAGCAAAGAAGAAGGCAGAGGACGCCAAGAAGGCACGUCUGUUGGCAAUCGAACAGCAGCGUCAGCAAGACGAGGCAGCAGCAAAGGCUGCCGAUGAAGAACGAAUUCAACGACGCGAGAAGAUAUUCAACGGAGAGCGAGCUUUGCUCGCGAUGGCAGCGGACUGGCGGGCCGAGGCCGAGAAUGGUAAGAUAGAAGAGAGUGAAAACAAGAUCGCUCUACUCCUCUCCCAUCUCACGGACCUCCUGGCCACGUGCAUUGCACAUCAGGAGGACAUCCACAACCUCGACGACGCGGUUCAGACGAGCAAUCAGGUUUUUAACCGAGUCAACAGCCGCCUCGAACAGCUGGAGCAACGACCCCUCGCCGCCCCCCAUGCCAGCUCCUCCAACACCUCCGAUCGCCUCAAUGCAUUGGAGAUCGACGUCGGAGCCCUCAAGGACAGUGUGCAGUUACAGCAAACUGCAACGCAACAGUUGGAGCAGCGGAUCUGUAUUGCCGCCACCCACUCAAGCUCGGAACCGCGCGAGACGACUCCAAGGUUCGAUGAUCAUGAGAUCUUCUGCGACUCGACGAAGACGGACCCGAUUCCAUGGUUCCGCAAGUUCGAGCUCAAGUUGCAGCUCGACCACGUCAGCGAACACAAGCACCACGCGUACUUAUACUCCCGUUCGGGGGGCGCGUGCCAAGCAUGGUUGGACAAUUUCUUGUCCAAGUAUAGAAUGGUAGUUGCCGACUUGUACACCAAGAUCAACUGGGAUGAUCUAAAGGCGGCGUGGCAUAAGCAGUUCCAAGUAGAGCCACAGAAGAUCAAGGCAAUGGACAAGCUGAUGACCUUCGAACAAGGCAGGCUGCCGAGUGUUGAAUGGAUUGCUGAGUACCAACGCUUGACAUCCGUCCCAAACAUUCAAAUGGGUUUCAAGGCCGUCAAACACUACUUCAUCCCGAGGCCGUGUCCGGCAUUGGGCAACGCCUUGACUCACGUCGAGGACACCCUGACGACAACGGCGGAGGUCGUGUCCCCUAGCGAACUUCGGUCUUUGUGGCCACCAUCUGUUGUCGAUACCAUCAUACCAGUGUUCGCACCAACCAGUUUAGCUCGGUUUAACGUAUCCAUGGGUCGUAAAGAUACAGAUUUAAGUUCGGAUUCAGGGGUCGUGUGCCCUUUCGAUAGUAUUGUGGGCACUGCCCUGGUGAGUCCUUCAGGACAUUCGUUAAACUUGGAACGAUACAGAGAAGAUUAGCAUGGCCCCUGCACAAAGGUGACACACAUAAAUUCAGGAAGGGUCUGAGUAGUUUUUUUUUGCUCUCGCAUUCGCUUCGCCGU